UUGUUGCGCCGUCUCGCAGUCAGCUGUAGCAGAUUAUGAUUGAUAUAGCGGGGCGCGAGCAUUACGGCCUUGACAUAUGGCUAGCAGGGGAACCCUCGAACAAUUGAACCGUGGUGUGCCAGAGUAUUCCUGAAUCCAACACACACGCAGUCUGCCUCUCAUCCAAACCAUAUGCUCUACGCACAGGUAGCACAUAAAUAACGCUUUGCGAGAUUUUGAUUUUAUUGUUUUUUUCUUAUCCUUAUAGGAAAUUGCUCUUAAAUCAAAACAGGCACCGAUCCUUCACAAAGCAGCCACCCACUCGUUCACCUCACACACAAAAGAGAAAGAUAAAAAGACGCAGGCAAAAGACUAAAGCAACCGAUCCAUCUUUUCGUUCCAAAUCGUCACGAAAAACAAAAUUACGCAAUAGCAUCCACACGCAUAUGAAGACCAGGUAUACACGUCCCAUCCACGUUGUACUCACCAUCGGCCCGCUAUAGCACCUCUUAGCAGCCAAAGGAAGUCAUAUUUGUCUGCUAAAACAUCCCUUUAAGCGACAGAAAGGCUACACCAGUGCGCGUAAAAAUGGUUCCUAAUCUUAGUGGCCAGUGUUUCUCGCCGCUUCCUGGCUGCAUUUGAUCCGGGGGAGAGUUAGAAGCCUUAAAUGUGCUGUGAGGGCACCCGAGCUGUCAGACCUUUUGGCGAGUAAGAUUGAUCGCGCGCAGGCUUCCAGGACUCUUUGUUUGGUAUAUAAGCAAAAAAUGAGAGGAGGCGAAGGCGUUUUUCCCUCACUGUUUUCUUUCUGUUUUAUUCGAGCAGUCAUAGAUUUCCUACUUUUUUCGUGUGGAAAUGUUACAUGGUUCUUCCUCUUGUCAUGUGAGGAUUUGGUGGAGGGAGCAUUCUGGAGGCAUGAGUAAACAUAGCUGGGAGAAGCCAUUGAAAGGCAUUACCAUAAACACAUAUAGGAAUGCUUUGGAAAACGACCAAUGUUAACGUAAUAGGGCUCUGCUUUGUCGUAAUUCCACAUCAGCUGAUCUUUUUACGCAUUUUUACGCAUUUUUACGCACGGUAUUUUGCCACACGCAGCUAUACUCUCCUUUCCACAAAAGGCCUAUACUAAUUCAAAUAGUAUUCUGUUGGAUAAAUCUAUGCAAUAUGACUGUUUAUAUUCCAUUCUAUGCAAUUAAAUAUGAAUUGUGAUAUGUGACCUGCAACAAAGGCCUCCUCUGUGCCCCCUUCGUUAACAAAGCCUUCAUUCAUGCUCAUGUUAAAAUGGAGAUAUGCACUGGACAGAUAAUUUUCUAAAAUAUGAACAUAUUCUUACUACGCCACAUAUUUUCCACGCCACAGAAUGAUAUCACAUUAGACAAUCGAACGUUGGUAAAUUACGUUAUUAUAUAUAGUGAUUAGUAACGCGCUGUAAACAGAUCAUGGUGAUUUGGCGCAAUUCAAUAACGCUUUUCCAUGUGCUAGUCCGCAUUACAACGCAAUUUAAUUUGGGUCAAUUAUUUCAUGUAGCCAUAUGUAAACAUGGCAUAAUCUAAGUAUAGAUUGAUGCAUAAUUAGGGAUUAGGGGAUGUCUUUUGAAUGGAAGGAGUUAACGAAGGAAAUGCUAUGUAAUCCUGUUCUUCAAUAAUAGUUGUUCAUUUUCUAUUGGCCUUUAUGAAAUCAUUGGCAGUGGAUAUAGAAAUGAAUAUGCACCGUUGUAAUGCGUUAUUGUUUUGCUCCAUGCAGCCAUUCACUAUCUUAUUGUGUCAUAAAAACAGCCACGUGGUUCAGCUAAGUCAAUAUAAAUGGAAAACGAAAUAAUACAUUGAUAAGAUACUAAAAACGCUCAAUGUUUUCCUAUUUUAACACUCAUAUUCGAGUGAAAAAUGCCUCCUGGUUAACGCCAAAGUGGAUAGGCCCAACCAUAUGUCAUUUCUAGUACAAACGAAAAUGCACUCCACAAUAUGUCUUUAAAUAUCAAUUUGGAAGACUACAGCGGGACGAUAUGGACAGUGAACAGUAUUUACGCCCCCAGCUCGGAUCUUAAAGCGCCUUUAUAGCCUCCAAUGUGUCGUAUCAGUCAAUAUUAAAGUUAUGAAUAGUUGUUUUUAUUGCCACGCGUAUCUCGGGCGCGUGUGUCACUAUUCUGCGUUUAAGGGGUGACUUUUAUGGGAGUCUACGCUUUGCAAAGGAGCUGUCCGCAGAUCUCCACAUCACCGCGUGUUUUCUGCCCUGGCGGUGUGAAAAUGUGUGCGAGCUGUGCGCGUGUGGGUGUGUGUGUGUGUGUGGGGAGAAGGGGGGGGGGGCGUUCACGACUGACAAACAAUACGGGAAAGGAGGACGAACCCGCGCGCAUGCACCCUCUCCGACUCAGCCAGCACCACUUCCCCGGAAUCAUCGACAGGCAUUCUUAAAUAUUUCUGCGUAGUGGAGAGGACGCGAGUGAAGAGGACACGGGGGGACAUGUCAAUAAAUGAGACGUGUCCACUGCGGGCGCGCCAGAGUUUUUCUUCAUUCGCUCUCCUCGGAUCAAUCACGCAAGACAGUCUUUUGAUAAAACCCUAAGUUGUCAUUGGGCAGAGGUAAUCAUGUGACAGCGGCUCAAUUUCAACCUCCAUGAAGUCAAUAGUUUAACCGGAGCCUGCAUGGUCCCCACUGUGAAAAAAGUCUACUCGUGCACGGGGAGUAUGUUUGUAUGUGUUUUUCGUCCUCGUCGAUUCGGUAGAGUUCGUAAAAUCACGCGUGGCAAACUUUCCUCGGCUCUGAACGGGCGGAGAUGAAUUACGAAUUCGAGCGAGAGAGCGGUUUUAUCAAUAGUCAGCCGUCGCUUGCUGAGUGCCUGACAUCUUUCCCCCCUGUCGCUGAUUCAUUCCAAACUUCAUCAAUCAAGGGCUCGACGCUUUCACGGCCGACGCUGUUGCCUCCUCCCUUCGAGCAGACCAUCCCCAGCUUGAACCCGGGCAGCCAUCCGCGCCACGGCCGGCCCAGGCACAGCCCCGAUGGGUGCAGUCCGCUGCCCACCGCCUCGUUGCCCCCGGAGUACCCGUGGAUGCGCGAGAAGAAGGCGUCUAAGAGGAACCACCUGUCCAGCGCCAGUGCAAUCUCCAGCGGGGCCGUGUGCUUCUCUCCAAAAGGCUCGCCAGAGAUCGUGGAAAGCGGCGUGGGAGCGGCACUGGGGAGCGGCGGAGCUGGAGGUCUCGCGGCCGGAGGAGUAGCAGGAGGAGGGGGGUCGCGGAGGCUGAGGACCGCGUACACGAACACACAGUUACUCGAGCUGGAGAAGGAAUUCCACUUCAACAAGUACCUGUGCCGGCCGCGACGCGUGGAGAUAGCGGCCUUGCUGGACCUGACCGAGCGCCAAGUCAAAGUGUGGUUCCAGAACAGACGCAUGAAGCACAAGAGGCAAACCCAGACCAAGGACAGCCACAGCGGGGACGGGAAAGGCCGAGGGGCGGGCGAGGAGUCACUGCAGAGCGAAGACGACGAGGAGGGGUCCCUUUACGAGACUUUUCAAACGCACAAUAAUAACAACAACAACAGCGAAGUCGCGUUUACAGCCGCGCCACUGAACUGCAAUGACAAAAAUCUCAAACAUUUUCCCACUUCUACUGCGGGAUGCCUGUCAACAAUAGGGCCCGGCUCGGCAUCUGGACAUCCGGACAAUGGCGAGUGCAGUCCCCCGGCUUUAGACGUCUCCCUACACGACUUCCAGGCUUUCUCCGCGGAUUCCUGCCUGCAGCUGUCCGAUGCCGCUUCGCCGAGCCUCUCUGAGUCUCUGGACAGCCCCGGGGACCUAUCCACGGACACUUUCUACUUUUUCACGGAGUCUCUAACCACAAUCGACCUGCAGCAUCUAAACUAUUAACUCCAACAGCACGCGUUUUUCUCUCUCCCGUGGACACGAAUUUUUAUAAUUGUUUGUAAAUUGGGCACAUUAAUUUUGUUGAUAUUUGACAAGGUAAGGCUCGAUUCUGAAUCUCUGAAGUAGUUGUAAUUACCACAACAGUUCCUGGAAUGAAAUGAAGUGUGUGUGUGUGUGAAUUUAUGAUGCAAUAUUCAUAGACUUAUGGAAACCUGCUCCUUUUUAUUUUUGUAUAGCUUCUUGGAUAUUUUUGUUAGAAUACAUUUAACUUGAU